GGAUAAUGUUCGAUGACGUUCUCAUUUUUGCGCAGCCGCAACCCAGGAGAAGAAGAUGGUGCUUAUCAAGGAAUAUCGUGUGGUCUUACCGUGCUCUGUAGAAGAGUACCAAGUGGGACAGCUGUACUCAGUGGCCGAGGCCAGCAAAAAUGAGACUGGGGGAGGAGAAGGAAUUGAGGUGCUGAAAAAUGAACCAUAUGAAAAGGAGGGAGAAAAGGGACAGUACACACAUAAAAUUUACCAUCUGAAGAGUAAAGUCCCUGCCUUUGUUAAGAUGAUUGCACCAGAAGGAGCAUUAGUUUUCCAUGAAAAAGCCUGGAACGCCUACCCUUACUGUCGCACUAUUGUGACGAAUGAGUACAUGAAAGAUGACUUCAUGAUCAAGAUUGAGACCUGGCACAAACCUGACAUGGGGACACUAGAAAAUAUUCAUGACCUGGACGAGCCUACGUGGAAGACUGUGGAGGUCGUCCCGAUAGAUAUUGCAGACAAAGAACAAGUGGCACCUGAGGACUAUAAGCCGGAGGAGGAUCCCUCUCUCUUCCACUCAACUAAGACGGGCAGAGGACCCCUGGGCCCUGACUGGAAGAAAGAGAUGGUGGCCAAGACAGACUGCCCUCGCAUGUGUGCGUACAAACUGGUCACGGUCAAGUUCAAGUGGUGGGGUCUACAGAGCAAAGUAGAACAUUUUAUCCACAAGCAAGAGAAGCGCAUCUUCACUAACUUCCAUCGCCAACUCUUCUGCUGGAUCGACAGUUGGGUGGGCCUGACCAUGGAGGACAUCAGGCGAAUGGAGGAGGAGACACAGAGGGAGCUAGAGGAGAUGCGUCAGAAAGGUGAUGUGCGAGGAACCUCGGCAACAGAAGAGUAGAUCCCGCCCCCCUCUAGAUUCCAGGGCCUGAGGCAGGCUGAUUGCGUAAAACAGGACAGGUUCGAGGCACCAGUGCUGCUCACGAGCAAUGAGGCAAACCAACCAAACCCUUUCAUGAUGAUGUCAUCAAAGACACACCCAACACAAUGAGGGACUGGCCCUGCUGUUUGCUGCUCUCUUCCUGUCUCCCAUUAUUCAUUGGGGGGGUUUGUCAGGAUUGGUCAAUAGUACUGUACAGACCCUCAACCAAUCACAAGCCGACUCCUACUCAUACUGAAAAUAAAAGAUUUUUGCAUACAUCAACAAAGAAAGAAUAUAACAAAAACUUUUUGCCCAGAACGUAAAUUGUAUGUAAUUGUUAGUUGACUGUCAAUGGGCUUUGUAUCUGGGUAAAAAACAUGACUUAGAAGGCCAAGUCUUUUAAACAGCAGAAUGUCAUUAUAGUUGUUGGUUACACAUUUCCCACAAAAAUUGGUAUAAGGUCACUAACCGGUAUUGGACCAUUUUCCCCUCGUAUAAUGUUUGUCAUGACUGUGUUAUGUUGCGCCCCCCCAAGUCUGAAAGUUCUCCUAUUGAUUUUUAUUCCAUUUAUUUUCCUGUUUAGAUUUAUUUUCUGCAGAUUUUCCAGCUUUUGAGUUCCUAGGACAUGUGUGAUGCUUAUGCCACUGCUUUUCUACAAUACAGAUGUAGACACACACACACACACAUUUCAUCAAAUGCAUGUGAACAGAGGCAUCAUCUUAGCAACUAGCAUCGCAAAAGCUUGCUAACACCUCAAUGCAACUUUUCUGCAUUUAGGGACCAAAACAGAGAGGGUUAGAGUCCUCUUUGAAGCUGUUAACGUUGUGUGUUUGAGUUAGCACCUGUGUGUGUUGUGUAGUUUUUAUUAACUGAUUGCUUCUUCCCUGUAGAGGGAGAUGGUGUUGGUUAAUAUCUUCAGACAAUUAAAAAAAACGCUGCUCCGGAGUGAUGUAGGUGCCACUUGAUACUUUUAGUUGAUCAAGCCUGUUAAUUUGUCUCAUUCUCUUGCUGCCCCCCCCCCCCCCCCUAAAUAGGGCUGGGCCAACUUUGGGCCUCCAACUUCAGUUUACUUCAACAGAAGGUUUUGUGUGUUUGUUUGUUCAUAACUACUAUCUCUUAGUUUUAGUUCUACCAGACACAUUGUAUGGCUCUCUACUGGCUGAGGUCCACAGUCAAAUUUCGACACAAAGAUUGUGUACAAAAGUGGCUAAGUAUAUGUUUUUCUUUCAUUUGACUGAUUGUUGCAUCAUACAUGUAUAUAUUUUCCCCCUUUUUUAUUUUACAGUUUUAAAAAAUGUGACCCUGAGUGGCAAAUUACUGGUUUAGAAACAUCCACUCUGGUUUUCCUGGCAGGGAAGGAUGUAUUUGCUUAGGCUCAUAUGAGGUCAGCUCUGUGUUGUACCAUCCCAUUAGGAUUUGGCGUGGGGUAACAGGAGUCCUAUAUUUGUGAUUGGGAUCUAACUGGGGUUGUUUCAUGAACUGGGGAUGUACCUGUCACAUACCUGUCAUAUGUCUGCUUGAGUUCCAUACAAAAGUUGACUUCAAGGAGGAGGGGAGAGAUGUAUGUGUAAAUAUAGGAAUGGAGAUGUGUAAUGCCUAAUAUACUGUAGAUGUAGUACAUGUCUUGCACACAUGCCAACUGAUGUCCAUGUGUCCUCAAAGUUUCCUUUUCCAUCUGCAACUUUUUUCCGUCAGGGAUGGACAUCAAGACUCGGUAGUGACAGGGUUGUCAUCUUAAAGGGAUUCCUUGGUAAUCUUUGAAUAAGCAAUGACUAUCUUGUUUCAAACUCAUCUUUAUAAUCAUUGUCAGGUCCAAAUGACCGCCUCGUAUCUAAAGUGCUAUAACUUUGUACAAUAUGUAGUGUAAAUUCAGGGAGACCCUGACAGUAAGUGUGGAUGGCACAGUUCAGAACAUAAUUCAAUUCCCACUCCCACCCAGAUGGAUAAGUAUGGUAGAGCAUGCUAGUCAUGCAUUGUUUUUCUUCACUGAUGUUUUCUUGUAUUAACUUUUCUAUGUCCAUGCAUAUACAGGUUUACCUAUGAAGAAAAAAAAACUGUUUGAGUGCAGGUAGACCCAUUUCCACCCAUGCAAGGCAGAUCAUGUACUUGCUACAUAAUUAAUAGAUAAGAAUAUUGAUGAAUUAACCAACAUUUCUACUACUUCCUCCCAUUUCCACUGAACCCUAUAUUUUUAUCUGCACGCUUAUGAAUCCUUGGUGUGAGAUGCUUAACAUGAAACAGUCAAGUGAUGCUUUUUUUCUUUUCACUGUUUGAGACCCUCUUUCUUUUUUAAAUGUUUGUUUUAGAAGUCGACCAUUUAAGUUUGAUCAAUGUAUUAUUGUUCGUCAGGUAGGCCACCUGCAUUAGCCGAGAAUGCAACCCAAAGAGGACAGUUCACCUCCAAAUUGCUGUUGACUCAGUUUGACCUUAGACUGCUUCUGAAGGAUGACUAUAUUGAUGGGAACUAUGCCUUUAACAUAAGCAGGUACUGUGUAUGAGGUACUCUUAAUUAGCAGUACAAUGAUGCCAGCCAGUUUGUGACUGAGGGGAAAAGAAUCAGUCCAUGAAAUGCUGUAUCUUGUUAUCAGGACAGCUCUUGCAAAAUCUACUAUUGAUUUACUUUUUUUUUUUUUUUAUUUAAUUUUUUUUAUAUUCACAAUUAAUUCAAAUGUAUUUUCUGAUAAUGGGAAAUUCAGGGGAAUUUGUGGUGAAUGUAAAUUGUUAAAAUAGUUGUUUUCUCUUGCAGUUUGAGCUGUGGCAACAACAAAAAAAUCUAGACAAUGGAACUUAACAGAAUAUCUAAUAAAUUUGAAGAAAAAAA